UUAAAACAAUCUGUGUGUGGAAAAGUCUUUUCUGCGCUCGUUGACUGUGAAGGUGGUGAACAGGAACAAUAACAGCACCAGGUGCCGGUUAACACAAAGAACAGACGGUUUUCUGCGACGGUGACGAUGGAGGAGUACAACUCUGGAGACGAGGUCCUCUUCAACGCAGAUGAGGCCAGUAUCUCAGUUAAAGAGUGCAUCGAAGGUGUGAUCGGUGGAACGGACUACAACCAGAGCAAAGUGAACCAGUGGACGGCCAGCGUCGUGGAGCAUUCACUGACUCACCUGGUGAAACAAGGACGGCCAUUCAAAUACAUAGUGAACUGUACGAUCAUGCAGAAAAGCGGUGCUGGACUCCACACAGCCAACUCCUGCUACUGGGACACUGCUACUGACGGAAGCUGCACUGUCCGGUGGGAGAAUCGCACCAUGUACUGUGUGGUCAGUGUGUUUGCUGUAGCUGUGGCGCUGUGACGGCAGCACAGAGCCGCACAACGCUCUGCUUCCAAACGCCGUGAUGUCUGAAGAAAAGCUGGAAGUCGCACCCUGACCAAGAAGCCACGAAGAUCCUCUGAUGAUCCCCUCUGGUAGAAGCUGAUGUACAAGUAGCUUUUUUCUCCCCGCAGGCUGGAAAAACAAUUAUUCAUGAGUUGGCAGCAAAUGUGCGAGAGACUAAGUGUUCACUUUCACAGAGAGUGAGCCUGAUGGAUUAACUUACUGAAAAAAAUAAUCACAUAUCAACAUGUUGUUUGGUUGCAAAGUGAACAUUAAAUAUUUGUAAAUCUUCCAGAGUUACUGUAACAUUUCAAAAAAGGUGAAACGGACUCGUUUUUAGCCACGACAGCAGUAAUGGUAUCGUUGGUUUGUCAGUCCAGGAUGUUCAUAUUUGCGGUGUUGAGUGAAAUAUCUAAAAAUGUAUUUGAUGAAUAUCUUUUCCUUAAUUGUACACAGUUUUAGCUGAGUUUUUAACAUCUCAGGUUGCGCCGUCAUCAAGUCAAAAUUGUAAUUUUAAUUGAUGACCAAAUACCUAUAAACCUACUGACCUUCUCAUCAGUCUCUGUGGUACUUGGCAUUAUAAAUAUAAAAUGAGUGUUAGCACAAUAAUCUCAGCAUUUAUCUCAAAGCUCAGUCCUUCAGUGUUGAUAGCGUCGCUGCAGCUUUGUUUCCUUCAGGACAUUUCCAAAUAAAACAGACUGAACUGUUACAGUAGUAAUAAGUGUUUAAGAAAAGUCAUUUUGUUUUAUUUAGUGGUAGAGUUACAUGUCUACUUGUGUGAAGUGUUUCUACUAGUCAGUGUUGAUAUUUUACUAAUUUAUUUGUCUGUGCAGGCUUGUCAGACUUCUAAAUCUUUGAAUUUGUUUGUUAAACUGUUUAAAGCUGUUCAAUAAAUUAAUUUGUUAAAACUUU